AUGAAAUCACUUAGCGAUAACCCUUCUGAAGAGGCUACGCCAAGUUCACACUACGGGUUCUGGCUUUCCUGGAAUAUACGGCGGGAUUGCCACGCGGCCUGCUGUUAGAAGAAAUAACAAUGAUGUUUCAGCUCUUGGGAGAUAUAUGAUAGAGAGGGUCAAUAUCAGAUAUAUUUAUAGGUCCAAAUCGUCUUACGCCUUAUUUUUGACUACCUCCGUUCAUAGUUUCUUCUAUAUAUACCAUUCGACUCUUAGGUUGCUGUAUGUCCGCGGUUCAGAACUAUCCCCUACACUCCUUACAUGUCUGCUUUACCUGCCUUCGUGUUCAAGCUAUCCCCGAUAAUUUCCAAACUUUCCACCCAGACCGUACCACAUCACUUAUUAGCAAAGAGUAUACUCGAAUAAAGCUACCAGGAAACUGAAGAAAUAUGUCGACAGGUCUCCCACCAGGCGUACCGCCAUACACCAAGGUCUUCGGGCCUAGUGGCAACUGUACUCUAGAAAUAUGCCCCGUGGAGAUAAGCGUGUAUGGCUACGCGCCUAGUCUCGCUGCCAACACCGUCUUCCUAUGUCUCUACCUCCUUUCUGCAUGCAUACAUGUCUACCUUGGGAUUCGAUGGAAGAGUUGGUUCUUCAUGGGAUGUAUGGUUCUCGGCGCCGUCAAUGCCACUUUGGGAUACGCAGCUCGGAUUUCCAUGCAUUAUAACCCGUUCAACUUUGCGGCUUUUAUGAUUCAAAUCAUUUGUGUUACCAGUGGUCCGGUCUAUUAUUCAGCUGCCAUAUAUGUGACACUUGCAGCGGCCAUCAAAGAUUUCUCUCCUUCGCUUUCCCGCUUCAGACCUGACCUUUUCUACUGGGUCUUCAUUCCAUCCGAUCUCGUCUGUUUGAUAUUCCAAGCGGCCGGAGGUGGUCUAUCCACCGCAUCUUCAGGCACGAGUGAGAUUGGGGUAGACAUGGCGCUUGUUGGCCUUAGUUUGCAAGUGGCUAUGCUGGUGAUCUUCUGCGGCCUCUUUGGAGAUUACUUAAUCCGCUACUUCCGAUCUACACAAUACCAAGCAGACCUAGGAAGAAACAUAUCCGGCUUGGAUUUUGGGACUAGACUGAAGGUCUUCUUCGGCUUUAUGACUUUGGCCAUAAUGCUGAUUUUAGUUCGAUGCACGUACCGGCUUGUUGAAUUGCGUGAUGGGUAUAAGGGCGAGCUUAUUCGUGACGAGCCUUUGUUUAUAGGCUUAGAAGGAGUGCUAGUUGUUUUUGCCGUAUAUUGCCUCAUGAUUGCUCAUCCCGGAUUUAUCUUCAAGAAAAGCCAGCAGAAUUUGUUAAAUGUAUCUAGUUCGGAUGGAUACGAGUUUCAAAAGGUCCCUUCUCAAACGCCCGCAUGAGCAUAACCGAUGCUUUCAACCGCGAGGCUCGAAGUUUAGACGAGGCAUACCAUCUGCCAGUGCCUUAAGAGUCGCGUCAAACCCCGGCUCUUGAUAUUUAUUUCUAUAGAUCAUGUAGUCUUUAUAUGCCCAGUUCUUUUUAUGUUAUCUCUGGUUCCAUUCAAAUGUCACUUUUAAUAAAAUCAAAUUCGC